AUGGCCCCCGCGACGACCCAUGACUAUGUGAUCCGCCAGUUAGGCACUCAGGAGCAACAAAAGGCAUUUUUGUCCAAUCCGUAUAGUUUGCACGAUCCUUAUCAUUUCACACCAACCGAUGUCCAUGAAGUGUACGAUAUGAUUGAUCCUCUCAAGAACCCAAAGCUGUCGCAACAAGGGAAAGUCGUGUUGAUCACUGGCGCGAAUAGGGGGAUCGGCCGAGGUAUCGCGGUGGCAUUUGCGAAGGCCAGGGCGAAGGCCGUGGUCCUCACAGCUCGAGAUCUGAGCCUGCUCGAACAAGUCGAGAAGGAAAUUCAGGAAUCAUACCCGGACACGAAGGUCCUCGUACACAAGAUGGACGUAACGUCCGAAUCCGAUGUCAAAGUCGCCUUCACAAAGGCCAUGGAAGUGUUUGACGCUGUCGACGUCGCAAUCCACAAUGCGGGCCUGAACAUCGACUUGGCGCCUUUGGCUCAAACGGACACGAGCUCUUGGUGGUCUCAAUACGAAGUUCACGUCAAGGGCCUGUAUCUCGUCGCGAAAGAGUAUUUGCAGCACCUCGGCGGAAAACCGGGAAAUCUGAUUCACAUCUCAUCUACCUCAGCGGUCAGCUCGUUUCCAAACCAAACCGGUUACGGCCCCAGCAAGCUUGCUGCGAACCGCGUCGUUGAGAUUUUGCAAUAUGACUAUCCGAACGUACGCUUCUUCAACCUCCACCCGGGCGUGGUGGAGACGGGCAUAGCGAAAUUGCACCACGUCAAAGAAAUGGGAUUCGUCAUGGACUCGCCAGAACUAGCGGGCUGCACAGCGUUGUUCCUGCUUACCCCGGAGGCAGAGUUCCUGCGUGGCAGAUGGUGCUCUGCGAAUUGGAAAGUCGAUGAACUUGUGCAGCUACAGGAGGAAAUCGUCAAGGAGCACUUGUUGGUCAGUGGCUUGAAUGCGAAGUUGGGAAAGAACUAG